UCCGUGCCGCCUCCUCGGCCGGCACAGCCGCGGCUCUCUCCUUUCCUGCCCCGGCACUCGGCGAGGCGGAGGGAAGGGAUGGCGGGGGUCGCUGCCCGGCUGCUCGGGGCACUGUGCCUCGCCGCCUGCCUGUCCCCGGCGCUAGGGAGGGACGCCGGAGCGCCGUGGACCCUGGAGAAGUAUUCUCACCAACCAAGAAUUUUAGGUUCUGAUGCUAUUCAAAAAGUUGUGGCCAACACAGAUAUUUCUGAAAUGUGGGAGAAUGAUUUGCGCCCUAUCCUGAUCGAAAGAUAUCCGGGAUCACAAGGAAGUUACAUCGUGCGACAGCAUAUCAAGCACCGUCUUCAAACAUUAAAGGCUGGUUGGGAAAUUGAAGAAGAUACAUUUCAGAAGUACACACCAUAUGGUUAUAAAACAUUUUCCAAUAUUAUUGGCACUCUUGAGCCCUCUGCAAAACGCCAUCUCGUACUUGCUUGCCACUACGACUCAAAAUUCUUUGGACAGCAAUGGCAGGGCAGAGUGUUUGUGGGAGCAACUGAUUCAGCUGUGCCUUGUGCCAUGAUGUUGGAGCUGGCACGGGCCCUGGAUAACCAGCUUCAGUUAAUCAAGGCCAGCUCAACGUCAAGACCAGACCUUUCACUUCAGCUCAUUUUUUUUGAUGGUGAAGAAGCCUUUGUUCGGUGGUCCCCUUCCGAUUCCCUCUAUGGAUCUCAACACUUAGCUCAAAAAAUGGUAUCGACUCCACACCCACCUGGUUCAACAACCACCAACCAGCUACAGGGCAUAGACCUGUUUGUACUACUGGAUUUAAUUGGUGCGCCAAACCCAGUCUUUCCCAAUUAUUUUCCAAACACUCUCCGAUGGUUUCAGAGGCUUCAAGCAAUUGAGCAAAAGCUACACAACAUGAAUCUGCUGAAGAAUCACAAUGCUGGAAGUCAGUAUUUCCACAGUACUUUACAUCGAGGCUUGGUUGAAGAUGAUCAUGUUCCAUUUUUGUUAAGAGGGGUUCAAGUCCUGCAUCUGAUUCCAUCCCCUUUUCCUGCAGUAUGGCAUACUAUGAUGGACACAGAAGAAAACCUUGACAAAGCAACUAUUGACAAUCUCAACAAAAUCCUGCAGGUGUUUGUACUGGAAUAUCUCAACCUAUGAAAGACAAAACAUCAACAAAUUAUCCUCCAUUCACACUACUGUUUGCCCACCUUCACACUUGUUAUUUAAUUGCAUUGGAGCGUACCAAGGUGAAGAAAAAUGUGAUAGCUCUUGCUAGACUGAUUAUUGAUUGAGCUAUUCAUGGCCCAUUGAUCCAGCAGCCAAAUAAGAUACCAUUAAAUAAGACCUAGCUCAGCCUGGAAAGAAUUUGAUCUUUCCAUGUUUUGUGUCUGAAUUAAAAAAAACUCCAGAAUCUUU